AUGAGCUCUCCACCAGACGGGGCCAAUGGCUCACGACCAGAACCCGACUCCCGCCCGUCAUACCAUGAAGAUUAUCAUGGCUUGCGGACUGGCUCAUACACAGACCAGCAAUUGCGUCAUGCUUCUGCCAAACAUCUGCACAUGACGAACCGGAGAUUUUUCGUCGGUCCAAUUCCAGAAGGCUGGCUGCACGGUCAUCGCAAGUCUUGGUAUAGGUCUCGACUGAAAGUCAGAAACUAUACAUCGCAUGCCGUCACGUUCUCUGCAAGCCCUAUUGCGGCCCAUUACGAGGAGCAUAACGAUAGGCCCACCCCAGCGUCACCCGACUUGGAUGAGCAGGUCGCCUUGGCGCUUACCAACACAAGCACGGAUGAUGCUGCUGCGGAGCGAUGUGAUGAUAUUGAAGGAGAAACACAAGAGGAAGGAUCUGCAGCAGAUCCUGUGGGGGAACUGAGGACCCUAACCCACCCUGUAGCUGAGGCCAGCGGUGACGACCUCUUACCGACAGAGGACACCUUACCGGCAGACGACACAGAGACUAGAGAACAUAGCGUGGAAGAUGACAGAGCAAACACCGGGAAUAGCGGAGGAGACAGCGGCGAAGAUACAGACAGCACCCCCAAAGCCAGACCAAGGGGGCAAUACGACAUAGACAGCAAUGAUGUUGCUUCAUCUUCGUUUGUCACCGCCAGGGAAGAGGCCCCCAGCUCUGAUACCAGUCGAUCAAUACCCACCGUACGAUCUAGCAGUCUGGAACCGCCUGAGCUGCGACCAAAGUCCCCGGGCUCACAUCAUACAAAUUUGGCCGGUCAUUCUUCUCCCAACCCUCUAACCACCAAUACAUCCAUAGUUCCAAGCGAGGCCGAUUCGACAACUCAGUUGAUUCAAAGCAAGGACACGGACAAGGGGAAGCAUAAAAGCAAGUUAUCUGGCGUAUCUCGUGCAUCGCUUCAACGCCACGACCCACAAGAUGAAGAUGAUACUGGCGAAGAUGCGCAAAUCCAACGGAGACUCCCUGCGAAGGUGGCAAAAUACAACCUGGGUGACAACAUCAGACAUAAGGAGCAAAAGAUGCGCCACAAGAUUGCAAAGACCCAAGGUACUAUGUCUGCCAAGCGACCGCACCGCCGGAAAGUGCAGGACGGAGAGAUUGUCAAAGCAGAAAAAAUGCUGGUCUGCGUGGAGGAGACUCUGCAGGACAGACUUCCCGCCGAUUAUACCGAGAAUGACAGUCUGCGCAUGGAAACGCGGACCGUGGACAAAUGGCGAGAGUUCCUCGUCGUAUGCCGCAAAAGCUCUAUAGAGCAUGCGCCAUUUGCCAUUCAGAUGUACCGCACUCGCGUGAUUCCUGAUGUGCAACGUGCGAACAGCAAAACGCCUCCUUAUUACGAAGUAAAGCUCAACCACAAAGAUACCCAUACCAUCGUUAUUUGGCGUCCCCGCAAGCAUGGAACCAAAAUAUUUAUCCUUCGGCCAAAGUCCUCGGCGCACUCUGCGGAAUGGUACACUUUCAUCCGCCAGGUGCUUGGAUGGCGGCGUCCCACCUCCCUCCCUAUUCACGUCCCUGAUCUGGGGGUUUCCCUCAUCUUUCAAAAUCCUUUCGAUCAGAUAGAGGAAGGGCUGAAAGCAGAUGAUUCUGAUACCGAGCACAAUCCAACUGUGAACCGGCCAGCCGUCGAUGACAAGUUUGCUGCCGCUACCAUCAUCCGAGGAUGCAUGGAUAUGCUCGAAGGCCGUGCCGAGUGGGCCGAGGUCUUGAAAGCUUGGUCCAAGACCGAGAAGAUGGGACUUGCUUGGAAGCGGUACGACCGACUCGAGUGGGUAUUUGGAGUCAACGAGGAAAAGAUGUAUGGGACUAUUGGGAUGCAGUCAUCCCACGAGCUUGAGUUACGACCAAGACAUCAUUACUCUACUACAAUCAGGCAUCCGGAUGUACAGGAGGAACCUGCCCCGAUCGAAGGAUUCCUAGUCCGUCUCACAUCCCAGAAGGGUGUGCAUCAGCGGAUGAACAAGAUGUUCUUCAAACGGCUGUACUUCUUUACCCAAGAUCAUUAUUUGUUGUUCUGUCGGCCAGCCAGGGCAUUUCCCCCGUCACCGCCGAAAUUUGAUCCCCCAGAAGAAGGAAAUGUACCAACUGCCCGUGAGAUAUUGGAUCAAAUGCCGCUCUCUUGGGAUAUCGACCCUUAUCCCCUUGAAAGUAACAAGAUUAAAUGGCUCUCCAGCGGCAAUCGUGAGUUCGUGAAACGACACGAUGAAGAGGCCUAUGCGAACGUGCAGAGGAAUGUACACAAUAUCAGCCAGGCAGAUGGGUAUAUCGAUAUGUGUCGGGUGACAGAAGUCCGCAAUGUCUAUCGUGGCAGCUGCCCUGCUGAUCCCAAUAUCGGGGAAGGACCUGCUGUGGACUUCAAUCCCCAAACCAGAGACUCACGACGGGAUGAUGGAGCAACGCAAGAGUUUGACGAUGGUAGGACAUUUGAAUUGGUUCUAAACAAUGGUCUUGUCGUUCGACUGCAGGCGUACGAUGGUGCCACACGGGACGAGUGGGUCAAACGAAUCGAUGCGCUUGUGAAGUAUUGGCACAUUCGCUGCGCGGACGAUGCCACGGAGCUGCAGGCCGUACGUCAGCGCAAUCUCAAGCUGUUGGGUAUCGACGAAGCUAUGGAAUCCGUUUUCGGACAGUUCGCGAAGAAGUGGGAGGUGUCGAAAGCCGAGGCAUCUCCACACUUGCACAACAUGUGCUCGCUGUCUAGUUGUCGGACUAUCAAGAUGUCCGGCACCCUCUACCGCAAGCCCCGUCGCCACACCACUUUCUACCAAUGCGAUGUCAUCCUCACAGCAGGCAAGCUGUUAAUUUUCCGCAGCACACUGCGCCGGCGAAACGGCACCGUGAUCCCACACAUCCAUCAAGAACUUGAAACAUCCAUCGAGCUGGAAGAUUGCUAUAUUUAUUCUGGUCUAAUUACCGAAAACGACUUGCUGUAUGCCAACCAGACAUUCGACAGCAAUAACCCUGGUGUGCAUGCUCUGCCACGGGUGUAUCUCGAUUCAGAUGUCUUCACAAGUCACGAUGAGGAUACUGCUAUCACCUUCGUGAUCUGGCAACCCUUGAGUAAGAGCUACUUCCGAGCCCAGGAAAUAGGGGAAGAAGGCAAAGCCAAACGAUCCUUGCGUCAUGUGUCCACGCUGGGCAAGCAUGGCCGCACCAUCGUGUUUAAAACACGUAGUCGUGUGGAAAAGGACCGUUGGGUGAUGAGUAUUUCCUCGGAGAUUGACCGUCUCCAGGAAGAGAAACAUGAAGAUAUACGGCUUGUUUCUCUAGAUGGCUGA